AGCCUAAAACACAACCAUUUCAAUAAACUAUGGUUCUCAAAAAAUGGGCAACGUGCAGAAAUAUCUUCCUUAAUUGUAUCAAACCCAAGAACUCAAUCUUAGGGCCAAAAGUUCAUACUUCCUCUUCUUCUUACAAGCAAAUUACUAGCCAGAGGCUAUCACUCUCAGAUGUUAGCCACACUGGUUCUCCAAUCUCCCUUAGUGACCUAUCAAGCUCUCUUGUAGACCUUCAUGUCUUCACCCUCAAGGAGCUGAAAUUGAUAACAAAGAACUUCUCCAAGAGUAAUUAUCUCGGCGAAGGCGGGUUUGGACCUGUGUACAAGGGGUUCAUUGACGAUAAUCUCAGGCCUGGCUUAAAGGCUCAACCUGUGGCUGUUAAGGCCUUGGACUUGGAUGGAACACAGGGGCAUAUGGAGUGGCUGGCUGAACUUAUCUUUCUUGGGCAAUUAAAGCAUCCUAAUCUGGUGAACUUGAUUGGAUACUGCUACGAAGACAAGCACAGGCUUCUGGUUUACGAAUACAUGCCUGAAGGAAACUUGGAGAAUCAUCUCUUUGGAAGAUGUGGUCCGGCGUUGCCUUGGUUAACAAGACUAAAAAUUGCAGUUGGAGCUGCAAAAGGCCUGGCUUUUCUCCAUGAAGAAGAAAAACCAGUCAUAUACAGAGAUUUAAAGACCUCAAACAUCUUGCUUGACCAGGAUUACAAUGCCAAGCUUUCUGACUUUGGAUUGGCCACAGAUGGACCAGAAGGAGAACAAACACAUGUUACCACUCGGGUGAUGGGCACAGAAGGCUACGCCGCACCUGAGUACAUAAAGACUGGUCAUUUGACAACUAUGAGUGAUGUGUUCAGCUUCGGAGUGGUGCUUGUAGAGCUGCUGACAGGACGGAGGUCAGUGGAUAAGAAACGUCAUGGGAAGGAGAAGGAUCUUGUAGAGUGGGCACGGCCUCUUUUGAAAGACCCCCAUAAAGUUGAAGGGAUACUGGACCCAAGACUUGAUGGGCAAUUCUCAAUGGAGGGAGCCAGGAAGCUGGCUGUGUUGGCUUACUACUGCCUGAGCAGCAACCCCAAGUCCAGACCAACAAUGAGCUCCGUGAUCAACACCUUGGAGCCUCUGCUGGACCUGAGGGAUAUACCAAUCGGACCCUUUGUGUAUAUUGUUCCGGAUCAGGGUGAAAAAAGAUGCGACAAUGUUAAAAAGAAUGGAAAGGAAUUAGAUUUAGACCAGGUGACAGAGGAGAAGAAAGUUGAAGAAAUAGUGGACAAAAGACAGAAGGUACGGCAACAACACCAGAAAGUUCGCCGGCAUAGACGUCGGGGCAAGGCUUUAAGGUCCCGAGCUGUCCAUUCGGAUACUGAUUUGUACAGAACUCUUAAAUCCAGUCUGUACUCUUCAAGGCAAUAGAAGCUAUUAUAUUAUAUUUUAUUAAAAGUUCCUUUUUUUUUCUUUUUUUUUUUUCUAAUUUCUGUUCUUGUUCCUGUUCCUGAUUCUAAUUUUCUAAAGUUUCCAUGGGAAUUCCCCGUUAAAGAAGAUGAUCUUGGCGGUAUCAGCAAGAUUUAUC